CUGUAUAACAAGAAAGUGGACAGAGGAAAGGACACAUACCCUGUUCCUACCUCUGUUCUGCUUCACUUCUGUUGUUCAUUCUCAAGGCAGAAAGUAAGAAGAAAGAGAGAGGGUGAACUCUUUGUGCUUCUGUUUCUACAGUUCUUGAGAGUGGCUCUGUUUCUUUGUCUGUGUGAAGUGUUCAUUUUUACUGGACCAAAUGUCUUUAAUUAGGGGAUGGUAUAUGUAGAAAGAAGUUUAAUCAAGUCAGCUCAUGUGGUAUGCCUACACUGGACCUAGCAAGGGGCUAGAAGAAGAAAGGCAGGGCUACCCUACAAACUAUUUGACAAAAUAAGAUCACUCCUAAGUGGGGAUUAAUUAAUUCAUAUCUUAUAAAUAUAAUUUUGAAGAUGUUGACAUAUCAGUGAUGAUAUAACUUGGAAUUAUUAUCUGAAAAUCAUGUAAAUAUUAAAGCGCUCUUAUUUAAAUAUUUUCUAGAGUCAAGUUGUGUGAAUGGGAAUCAAAUGGCACAGAAAAAUUCAUGUCCUUUGCCAGAAGUUAACAUUACAGCGUCUGUGCAGAUGGGUACAAAGGCUCUGCUCUGCUGCCCUGCUAUUCCACUGACAAAAGCAGUACUAAUAACAUGGGAAAUAAUCCUAAGAAACCAACCUUCCUGCAGAAUAUCCUACAGAGUAGAGACCAAGGAGACCAAUGAAACCAACUGUACAGACAGGAGAAUCACCUGGGCCUCCACACCUGACCAGAGUCCUGACCUUCAGAUCAGUGCAGUGGCCCUCGAUCAUGAUGGGCAUUAUUCAUGUCAGAUAGCAACAUCUGAUGGGCAUUUCCAAGAGAGACAUGACCUGAAAGUUCUAGUCCCCCCUGAAGUAACCCUGUCUCCAGGGAAGUAUAGAACUGCAGUUUGUGAGGCGACUGUAGGCAAGCCGGCUGCUCAGAUCUCCUGGACUCCAGAUGGGGACUGCAAAACAAAGAAUGAAUCACACAGCAAUGGCACCGUGACUGUCAGGAGCACAUGCCACUGGGAUCAGAGCAAUGUGUCUGCUGUGUUCUGCUUUGUCUCCCAUUUGACCGGCAACCAAACUCUGUCCAGAGAACUGAAUCAAGGUGUCACCAGCACGCCACUGCAUUCUUUACUGACCAUUCUCUAUGUGAAACUUUCCCUUUUGGGGAUCAUUUUGCUCAUCAUGGGAUUUGCUUUCAUCCAGAAGAGAAAUUCCUUCAGGCCAAAGAGGAAGUUGGCUUAG